AUGUCUUGUAACGAAUCUGCCAUUUCGUUGUCUUCAAUCCCCACAACUGAAUUAGUCGAAAUUCUUCGUAUGAUUCCUAUACUCUGCGGCAAUGGCAACUUUCUCCUGUGGCCUAAACUUAUCAAGCGGGCCCUUGAUACACAGGAUACGAGAUACUGGCCAAUUAUCAUCGAUGGGCCUAUUACCUGCUUCAAGGACGACAGAUCUAUCAGACCCGCCAUUAACUUUGAGCUUCUUGAAACCAUCAAUGUCAGUGUCGACGUAGAACUACAGGCACUCAUCGCCCCUGCUAAGACCCUUCGCAUUGCCUUCGAACUUCUACAAGCCUGCUUCACUGGAAGAGGUUUCCAUCAAUCUCAUUCCAAGUACGUCCAAUGGACUAGCUGUGUUUACACCCCAUCGGUGGAUCCGAUACAAUUUGUCGACGAGUGGCGUUCCGCUUUGAGCCAACUGGUCGAGCUUUUGGGAACCACCAAUCUCCCACUUAUCAUCCAACUCCAUCAGUUCGUUCUUGCUGUCAGUACGAGUGGUGGUCCCGAGGCAGUUGAAUGGACAAAACGCUUUGAAGUUGAUUGCACUUAG